UGCUUCACUAGCUAAACCUCACCUGCAAAACUCUCUCCAUUCUCUCUCUCUCUUUCCCUUCCCUUCCCUUCUCUUCUCUUCUCUUCCCACUUGCUAUACAACCUUUUUAAUCCAAAACCUCUAUAUUCACUCCAUUUUCUUUCCCAAAAUAUUAUCUUCUCUUACACAGCUUUGUCUUUAGCAAUGGAAGGUCUUUAAUCUCAAGAAUUCCAAAGAGAAGAUUAUGAACUGUUUUUGAGUGUUGACUCCCUUCUCUCUCUCUCUCCUCCUCCCCCUUUCAACAGUUAGAGAGAGAGAGAGAGAGUUGUUUGCUGAAUUCCCUUGUCUUUGUUUUUUUCUUGUCUCCAUAACUUUGGAGACAAUGAGUUGCAUAUCCAAAGUCUAGGUUUUUGUUGCAAUUGCAUAGUUUUUUUUAGUUCAAUUACAUGGGACCAAAGUAUGUGUUUCUUAACAUUUUCAUGAGUGGGUCACUUUGGUAUGCAACUAUGUUGUCAUUCUAGUUUGUUCUAAACUUUUGUUGCUUCCAAAAGAGUGGACAAUAUAUAUUAUCAAGAAAAAUUCCCAAGAAUUUAAGACUUCAAGAACUUUCAAUUUUAAUCAUUUAGGGCUUCUUGUAAGUUGUAACUCUCUCCCCUUUCUUGUUCUCUCUCUUUUGGUCUCCAAACAAACAACACAAAUUUUAAAAGAUAAAUAGAAAAAUGGAACUUUCAAGUCAAGAAGGGGAGAUCCCAAUUCCAAUUAACAGCUCAUAUGGUGGGGGACAUGGGCAUGGGCACAUGAUCCAUCAUGAUCCUGAACCUCGCAAUCAAAUCCCUUCCAAUGGCCCCAUACCCUCAAACCUGGAGGACCAUGUGCCCUACAAGAAACUGGUCAGGUACAGGGAAUGCCUCAAGAACCAUGCAGCAGCAAUGGGUGGGAGUGCCACAGAUGGUUGUGGGGAGUUCAUGCCUAGUGGAGAAGAGGGUACCCUAGAAGCCCUAACCUGCUCAGCCUGCAACUGUCAUAGAAACUUCCACAGGAAAGAAACAGAAGGUGAGCUGCUGCAGCUCUCCUCAUCCUGUGAUUUCUACCACAGCCCACAUCCAAACAGGGUUGGGAGGAAAGUCAUUUGGGGCCAUCACAAGAAUAUUUUAGGCCCAGAGGCUCUAGGGUACCCUACAGGACCUCAUAUCACACCUUCCAGAGCUAUUGCAGCACCACCUACCCACCAGAUGAUAAUGUCCUACAACAUGGGGGGGUCCCUACCUUCAGAGUCUGAUGACCAAGAAGAUGGUGAUGGUGGUGGUGGUGGUGGGGUUUUGUCCAGGCCACCUCAGCUGGUGAAGAAGAGGUUCAGGACAAAAUUUUCCCAGGAACAGAAGGAGAAAAUGCUCAACUUUGCUGAGAAAGUUGGGUGGAAAUUUCAGAAGCAAGAGGAAGCUGUGGUGCAACAGUUCUGCCAAGAAAUUGGAGUCAAGAGAAGAGUCCUCAAGGUUUGGAUGCAUAACAACAAGCACAAUCUUGCCAAGAAGAGCCCCUCCACUGAUCAAAAUCAAAUUUAGAAAAAGAAAAAAAAAACUGUGCUUCGUUUUUUUCUUUCUUUUUUUUAACCAUUUCUUUCUCUGAGUCUGUUGAGUUAUCUUUAUAUCUAAAAUAAUAUUGCUUAUGUAAUGUAGUGAAGAAAAUUGAGUAUGGUAGAGUUUCAAGUUUGUGGGUGAUGUUCUUUGUCCAAUUAGAAGAAAGGGAUUGAUAUACAGUUUGAUAUAUUUCUUCCUACUUAUGAAUAUUAUCGUCUAUGAUUGUUUUUCCUUUUCUUCUUAAA